ACCUGAUUUUGACACAGCCCAUAGAAACGGGCGUGUUUUAUUUCCUCCGUUUUUUUUCUAGUAUAAAAAUGGAAAAACUGAUCGUUGGCUUCCAGAUGAGACUUUUGUAGACACAACUUCUGAGUUUCUGAUAGCUGCUGAUCUCACUGUGAUCUCAUCAUGGAUGUGGCUGACAUGCUCCUCGAUAAAAUCUUCUACUGGCUGAAGCUACAGAAAGAAUGUGCACAUAACCUGAACUCACUGGCUACUGAGCUGGAGAAACACAAGAAGAACGUUAACAUCAGUCAUGUAGUUGGGAGCUCUGUGUCUGUGGGUGGUGCAGCUGCCAUGACAGCAGCAGGGAUCCUAUCAAUCUUUACAGGUGGACUGGCAAUACCUUUACUAGCUGUCGGAGGGGCAGUGGUAUCUGGGCUUGCUUUAGCUAACAAUGUGGGUUCAGAGGUCGUCAAUGCCAUCAUAUCAAGCAGCACAAUGAAGGAAGCAGAGGAGAUUACACAGAAGAUUACAGAUCUUGAGAAAGGAAUCCAAGAACACAUGAAGAAAUUAAAAGAGGAAGGAGAGAAAAGAGAAAAGCAGGCUUGUUCCUUUGCAGAUGUUUCUGAAGACAUUGCAGAGUGUUAUGUUGUUGAGCAAAUCCUGAGAGCGAUGGCCAAGCGAGUGGGCCUGCAUUUACAUGAUGGCAUCAAUUUGCGCAAAAUGUUGACUACUCUGUCCAAAAACACAAUUUUUGGCAAAGACACUGGUUUUUCUAUUCUGCAGAGGUCAUCACUGGGACUACCACUACUUUCAAAGUUUGUGGUAAAAGCAGUUGCUAAAACAUCUGGGAAAAAAGUGGUCUCUAAACUUCUGCCUGAGUUGGUCACUCGUGUGGGACCAAAAGCAGCAGCAAAAGCAGCUGGGCGUAUUGUAGGGGGAGCAGUUGGACUUGUAGUCGCAGUUCCUGAGCUGAUUUUCGAUUGCAUAAACCUGGAUGACUGUGAGACAGAGGGCAGUAUGACCCUGAGACAGAACGCUCAAGUCAUACGGACUGCUUCUGAUGACAUGGAAAAAGAGCUUCAGGAAAUUCAGAAAGUGUUCCAGAGGUUAGCCAGAGUCAAACACAGCAUAGAAAACACAGAGAGGAGAUCUGAUGAAAGGGAAACAUUAAUAAUGUUUUUGAUUGAACACUGUAAAGAUAAAGAUGUCCAGGACUGGCUGAGAGCAAACUCAAAAUCCCGGGACUUCUUCAAACUCGUAAAUAUGUUUCACUUCUUGAAACAAAAGCUUGAUGAGGAAGAGAAGAAGCUCCACUCCAACACUGUUGACAUCACCUUUGUGGCGCAUGGAGAGAUCACAGACCCCAUGAUCCCAGCCAGCUGUCUGCUGCCUUUGCCCACCAUCACCGACGUCGUCCUGUACUCUCCCUGGAACUGCGUCAUCACUGCUGAUACAGCGUAUGGUGUAGCUACAGGACUCAUAGAGCCUCAGCACAGAGUUUUUUUCUGUGAAAAUCAAGAAGAAUGCAAAAUUCCUGAUCAAAAGCAUCAACCCGCCAAACUUCCAAGUGAGUGGAACUCAAUAAAGAAAGCUGGAGAUCGAAACAUUCCGAAAAUCAUGCUGAGACCUCUAGGACUACCUGAGGAUGAUGCGUGGAAGGCAUUUGAGAUUCUCGAGAAUAAUUAUGGUAAACCUGGGAGGAACUACAUUGUUGUUCCGUUCAUUCUCCCAGGAAAGAGUGAAGGAAGUGUCCCAUUCUUUGUUGUUUCCUUGGCUCUGUCUGUUGUGCUCUUUUUCUCCAGGUUUCAAGCCACGCUCCAUCUCACUGCCUGUCUGGGCAAAUCUGAUGAAGAAAUGAAACUUGAUGAGGAUGCCCUGAAGGAGCAGUAUUGCUGCACCAUCGACAAUACAGCAAUGCGUUCUUCAAACAGCAUGUUACCCAAUAGACUGUUCAGAGCAUUUAAAGAAAUUUUUGAUAAUACAUCCUGAAUUUUCCCUGGAACGGGUUUCAAUUCUUUGUGUUCUCUCCAGGUUCUCUGGCUUCCUCCCGUGGAGCUGGAGUUGUGUUAGGGUAAAUGGUGAUUUUAAAUCAGCUGUAGGUGUGAAUGUCUUUACUAAAUUAGUUUCAGAUAUUUAUGAUUAUGUACAUGUUUAAAAUGAUUCGCUUAUUUACAACACAUUUUUUUUGAAUAAUUAACCUAAUAUAAGUUUUUCCUAUAAAAUCAGUAGAUCUGUAGUAGUCAUGGCACUAUAGUCAGCAUAGGAACUCCUUUUCAUAUUAAGUCUUACAUUUUUAUUUUGAUGGACAGAGAAGUGAUCAAAAAUAUGUGUUAAUAUAAAGUGUCUUCUGAACACAGACAUGGCUCUGUUAGGCUGCACAUUCAUGAUUAGAGAGCAGAAGACAAAGGAAAGGCACUUGCUGAGCUGUUGCUGUGUUUACUGUGUGCAGCAAACAGCUUGUGUCUGUUUGUUCUCAUUUUAUUGUUUGAUUCUUUUUAAUGUUCAUUAUUUGUUCUGUGUAACCUUUAUUCAGAGAAAUAAAACUUCCUUUUG